CGUAUACCAUGUCUAAUCGUUAUGCACCACUCCCUAAUCCACGCACAGACCCAGAUUCAGCAGAACUAGAAGCUGCUUUCGACGACCAAGAUGACGACGACGAUGUAGACGAAUCGAGUCCAUUGACUUUUUCUAAUCCUUUGACUGUCUCCUCUCCUUCAACUUACAAUUUCGAGUCUCCGAUAUGUGACUACGACCAACCUCCUCCUGGUUCUCCCCCACAGCCUUCUUCUCAUGCUGUACCCAAUGAAUUCGGCAAUUCUAAUGGCAUAAUACCUGUCUUUACUGUAGAUUCUUUACCCCCACCCCCAACAGGGCCAUGGUGGAAGCGAACCGCAGCUACAGUGUUACCCUCACAUUAUGUCAAUCGAUGGGGUUUGACUGGAGAUGCGGCUUCUAGUCGAGUCGUAGGCGGAGGCACCAGAAACGAUGGCGUGUUCAGCAACGUAGCUGCCAAACCAUCGCAGGGUGUACGAAUUGAAGAAGGGGACAAUGUUUACCUUGUUCCCGAAGAAUCAUCCAAUACCGCUCCACCCACUUAUGCAGCAGCUCAAGCUGACGCUGCCCCUCCCUACCACACCCACUCCAUAUUCCUUCCUUCUUCCAUUAAUGCAUCCCUCAAUCUAUCCCAAGGCAGUGUCGUCGUAGACGGCCUUUCCACAGGCACCCUUUUCUCCUUCCUCUGGAACGCCCUCAUCAGCACCACCUUCCAAUUCGUCGGUUUUGUUCUCACAUGGGUCAUGCACACCACCCACGCCGCUCGUUAUGGCAGCAGGGCCGGCCUCGGCGUCACUUUAAUCCAAUGGGGCUUCGGCCUCCGCGCGCGAUUAGACGAUGUCAACGGCACAGCUCCAGGCUCAGACCCAGCCGACGCCUGGCCCGCAUUCACAAGCACACAGGAUGCCGACGAGUGGUUGAACGCCAACCUCGACCGCCUCAAUAACACAACACUAGCUUCUACUAACGACGUAACUUCCUGGGCCAACUCUGGAGAAGGAACGGAAGGAAACGGCUUCCUGACAAGCACAGCAGCCACUGAAUGGCUUUCCUUCUUCCUCAUGACAGCCGGUUGGUUCCUCCUUCUCACCAGCGCUUUCGGUUUCUGGCGCGUCAAACGCUGGGAACGUGGCAUUAUUUCUUCUUCUUCUUCUUCUACCACCACGUCACAGCCAGCAGCAGACGAGGAAACGAGGAGACAAUCGCUCUUUGAGCGCCUCGGAGUGUUCCGCGUUCCUGCACGUUCGGGUACGGAUGGCCUGGAACGUGUGCCCUCCCACGUUGAUGAUGAUGUGGUUGGAAGAGAUACAGCAUUGGAGAUGCAAUCGCUCGCCCCAACGGAUCCAGACCGUGCACGGCGGAUCAGGGAAGCAAUCGAGCGUGAGCGUAGGCUGUGUGAGGACUUGCGCGCUGCAGGCCUCUUGUAA